CCCAUAAUGCACCGGAAGCGCAUUAUUAAGGUCGGCGGAAGUUGUUGUGAAAUCUCAUGUUUUGCGCGCUCCCUGCGCUUCUGGAAGUAUUCUGCACGAACUGAUUGCCAGUCUGGGGGAUUCUGUAAUUAACGGCCUUCUGGAGCUAUUGGAGUCUAUAGGCUACUCCUGAAAUCACCGUUUAGUUGUUUUGCUUCAUAAACCGUCAACAUGGAGCAGAACAACAGCCUACCUCCUUUCCCUCAAGGGCUGGCAUCUCCGCAGGGAGCCAUGACGCCUGCCCUGAACAUUUUCAGUCCCAUGAUGCCGUACGGCACGGGUCUUACGCCGCAGCCCGUGCAAAACACCAACAGCUUGUCCCUCCUGGAGGAGCAGCAGCGGCAGCAACAGCAGCAGCAACAACAGGCAGCCUCACAACAGCAGGGUGGGAUGGUGGGAGGUUCAGGCCAGACACCGCAGCUCUACCACUCGCAGGUCUCCACCACAACAGCACUGCCAGGCAACACGCCACUUUAUACCACACCUCUCACCCCUAUGACGCCCAUCACUCCCGCCACACCGGCAUCAGAGAGCUCUGGCAUCGUCCCACAGUUACAGAAUAUUGUAUCUACUGUAAACUUGGGCUGCAAACUUGACUUGAAGACGAUAGCACUUCGAGCCAGAAAUGCUGAAUAUAAUCCAAAGCGUUUUGCUGCCGUCAUCAUGAGAAUACGAGAACCCAGAACAACAGCGCUCAUCUUCAGCUCUGGGAAGAUGGUGUGCACAGGAGCGAAAAGUGAGGAACAGUCCCGAUUGGCAGCCAGAAAAUAUGCCAGAGUGGUGCAGAAGUUGGGUUUUCCUGCCAAAUUCUUAGACUUCAAAAUUCAGAACAUGGUUGGCAGCUGCGACGUCAAGUUUCCCAUCCGAUUAGAAGGCCUGGUGCUUACACACCAGCAGUUUAGCAGCUAUGAACCAGAGUUAUUUCCGGGAUUAAUCUACAGAAUGAUCAAACCCAGAAUCGUCCUUUUAAUAUUUGUUUCAGGAAAAGUUGUACUUACAGGUGCAAAGGUUAGAGGAGAAAUUUACGAAGCAUUCGAGAACAUAUACCCUAUCCUGAAAGGAUUCAGGAAGACUACGUAAUCUUGUUCUGUUAUCGCCGGUAUAUUUACAUCCUGAGCCCACUGGUAUGUCUGGGGUGACCGACUCAGUUUUAUUUACUUUUGUAAGCCUGUAAAUAUGAAGGACACAUUUUCUUCACUCAGAAAGUGAACCGAUUUGAGGGUUAAAGUUUUAACUUUUUUUUUUCCACCUACCACUUGGUUUUCAAAAUACUGUUUUAACUAUGUCCGGACAUUUUAAUGUUUUGAAUUCUUUUAUGGUUUUAAAAUUGUUAAUUUCAUACUUUUUACACAUUCCCUUUAUUAGCAGAUUUUAUGUAUUAUUGUUGCAUUACUGAUUGUCAGUGAGAAGAAUUGGUCCGUAGCAAGCAAUGGCGAUGUUGAUCAGCGCAAGGGAACCGUUUUGUUUGGAGGAGUGCAUUUUGAUUGUUUUUCAACAAAGCUUUGCAAACAAGUUUGUGGAUCAAUUUUUUUUUUUUUGUUGAAGUUGUCAUGUGGAUUUGGCCUUUAAGUUCCAGUUUUCAAAUAAGAAUGGUUGAUGGAUCUAAUGAUUUAAUUGCCAUGUCAUUGUUCGAUGACUGUAGAUCCCCUGAUAGCCCCAUGUAAAGCACUGACAUCUUAAUUUAAUACUUUUUGCUAUGUAACUAAUUUACUUUGCUACAUUGCAAAUAAAUAUGUUUGGCAACUUCA